GUGGCGGCGGCGGCGGGUGGGAGGUGGCGUCGGGGCCGAUGUGUGGGCUGCGGGCCGGGGCCUGGCGGCCGGGAUCCCGCCGCUGAGUCGCUGGCGGAGCCCGCAGGGAUCUCUUUGCAAAAUGUGGCUCUGGGUGAUACGAGCUUUCUGUGUCCUCGCAGUCAUCGAUUUGGGAAAAGGAGGACUUAUUAAACCAUGUGGGCAUAUUGUUCCAGAAUCAGCAGUCUUAGAACUGGGCUCUAAUUUCACAGCCAUUUGUAUUCUCUAUGAAGAGUGCCUGGAAAUGAACUAUGAAGAUGCAAGCCACAUUUUCUGGAAAACUAAAAACAAACAUGUUCCAAAAGAGCAGUACACAGUUUUAAAUAGAACGGCUUCAAGUGUUACUUUUAAUAAUAUAUUUUCAUUAGAUAGUCCUCUGACAUGCAACUUAUUAAAAUAUGGCCAACUUGAACAGAACAUCUAUGGGAUCCAAAUCAAAUUGGGAUUGCCUCCGGAGAAGCCUACAGGUUUGCACUGCAUGGUGAAUGAGAAUGAAAAAUUGCGAUGCUGGUGGAAUCCUGGAAGGGAAACCUAUUUAGAUACCCACUUCACAUUAAACUACAACUGGUCUGGGCCAGGGAAUAAUGGCACUCGAGAAGUCUGUGUCCCACCAGAAGGCGUCAAUAACACUUGUAUAUAUUCAGGCUUCGCUGUGUUCUUCAUCUACACUAAUGUCUGGGUUGAAGCGAAGAAUGACCUUGGCAUGGUCACGUCUGAUGUGAUCACCUUUGACCCCAUAGAUAUUGUGAAAUUUAACCCACCAGAUAAUUUAUCAGUUGACCGAUCAGAGGAACUCCCCAGUAUCUUGAAAUUAUCGUGGGCCAACCCAUUGCCUCAGCUGGGGAUAAGUCUGAAGUAUAACAUUCGCUACAGGGCCAGAAACUCCACAGCCUGGACCCAGAUUCCUCCUGAAGAUACAGCUUCAACCAGAGACUCCUUCACCAUUCAAGGCCUUAAACCUUAUACAGAAUAUGUGUUUUCAAUUCGUUGUAUUAAGAAAGAUGGGCAGGGCUUCUGGAGUAAUUGGAGUGAAGAAGUCAGUGGCUUCACAUCUGAAGCUAGACCCUCUAAGGCUCCAAGCUUCUGGUAUAACCUGGUUCACCCUCAUAGUAUGAAUGGAUACAGACUGAUCCAGCUCAUGUGGAAGGUUUUGCCUCCAUCUGAUGCUAAUGGAAGAAUCCUGGGGUAUUAUCUAUCGCUCACAAGGCAGAGGGCACCAAGCAUUCCUCAUAAUUACAGUAUUGACACCACAAGUAUGAUUGUGAACCUCACGAAUGAUCCUUAUAUUGCAACUCUAGCCGUUUAUAAUCGGAUUGGGAGAUCAGAGGACUCCCUUUUGCCUAUUCCCGGCCGGAAUUAUCAAGCAACUCAUCCUGUAAGGAACAUUAAAGCGUUUCCCAAAGACGGCAAUCUCUGGAUUGAGUGGACUGCUCCCAGUAGAUCGGUGAUGAAAUACGUGCUUGAAUGGUGUAUCGAGUCAGAUGACGUUCCCUGCACCGUUGAAUGGCAGCAGGAACCUGGUACUGCCCAACACACCUACUUGAGAGGGAAAUUAAAGCCGUUCACAUGUUAUUUGAUAACUAUUUAUCCAGUGUAUGUGGAUGGCCCAGGAAGCCCCCAGCGUGUAAAGGCAUAUCUUCAACAGAACCGUCCUUCCAGAGGACCCACUGUUCAGACAAAGAAAGUCAGCAAAAAUGAAGCUGUCUUAGUGUGGCAUCACCUUCCCAUUGAUGAGCAGAAUGGAUUUAUCAGAAGCUACACUAUAGUCUACAAAACUAGCACUGGAAAUGAAACAGUUGUGAAUGUGAACUCUUCCCAUACGGAAUAUACGCUUUCCUCCUUGACUAGUGACACACUAUAUAUGGUGCGCAUGGCGGCAAAUACGGACCAAGGUGGCAGUUUUGGUCCCGAAUUCACAUUUACCACUCCAAAAUUUGCCCAAGGAGAGAUUGAAGCCAUAGUGGUCCCCGUCUGUCUAGCAUUCCUGUUGACCACGCUCUUGGGAGUGUUGUUCUGUUUCAACAAGCGAGACCUAAUUAAGAAGCACAUCUGGCCCAGUGUUCCAGAUCCUUCCAAAAGUCAUAUCGCCCAGUGGUCACCUCAGACGCCCACUCGGCACAACUUCAAUUCGAAAGAUCAGAUCUACCCAGAGGGCUGCCUGACGGAUGUGAGUGUUGUGGAAUUGGAAGCGAAUGACAAGAAGCCUUUCCCAGAAGACCUGAAAUCUUUUGACGUGUUCAAGAAGGAGAAGACGACCGCCGAAGGACACAGCAGCGGCAUCGGAGGUUCUUCGUGCAUGUCCUCUUCGAGGCAGAGCAUCUCCUACAGUGACGACAGCGAGUCGGCCCAGACCACGUCCAGCACCGUUCAGUAUUCCACCGUGGUGCACGGCUACAGGGUCCAGGUCCCCCAGGUGUUCUCCCGCUCCGAGUCCACCCAGCCCCUGCUGGAUUCGGAAGAGCAGCCGGAAGACCUCCAGAUAGCCGACGUCGGGAGCGGGGAGGGCGCGUCACCCCGGCAGCGCUAUUUCAAACAAAACUGCGCCCAAGGCGAGGCCCAUCCGGACCGGUCACCUUUCGAAAGGUCAAAUCCAAUUCCUCCUUCGGUGAACGAGGAAGAUUUUAUUAGACUCACACAGCCGAUUCCAGGUCAGAGUUCAGGCCCCUGCGUAUCUAAGCCGAUGGACAGUGGGCAGCAAGGAGUCUCUGCCCCUGAUGUUCUUCCCUCGAGUGCCAAGUGGCAGGGGGAGAGCCAGGAGCCCCCUGGGGAAGACCUGCCCAAAAGUUACUUACCUCAGACUGUGAGGCCCGGAGGGUACGUGCCCCAGUGAGACCCACCCGGUUCGUUAGAGCCUCGGCACGUGGCCUGUUCUCCUCCUGAGUUACACCCACCCAGCCGAAUUUUUGUUGUUUUUUUUUUUUUUUUUUAACAAGUCAGAGCCGUUCACCAGGGUCCAUCGUCUUUCACCGACCACGUAGCCGUCAGGACUAAAGUCUGUUGUAGUCAGGGGGUUGCUUCCGAUCGAGAAUGAACGGGAUCCUGUUCCUAAGCACUACAUUGACAGUUUGGGAUCUAGUCUGAACAGUUGACUCGAUUGACUCUAAAUGCUGCUUCGGAACGUUUGCCUCUGGCAAAUGGGGGUUAAGAUUUUCAAACUUGUUUUGUUUUCGUCUUAUACGUAGAGGGUGGUGAGUAGUCCUGGGGUAUAGCUAGAAUGAGUUUGACUAGAAGUCAUUCAGAAGUGAAUAGCAAAAGGUUAAUUUUGAGUUUGGGGUUUUUGGGGUUUUUUUUUUUGAGUGGGUUCACUUUUUUUAAAAAAAAACUCUAACACUAGCUACUUGUCUGUGAAUGAAGUAUUUUUCCCUGCAUCAGUCUAAUCAAGAACCGUGUCCGUGUUCUUGAAAUUAGGGAGGCCGGCAUGUAUUAUUGGGGAAAUAAUAAGAUUGUAAACCCCUCAAGGGCAAGGACUGCAUCUCUCUAUUUUUCUCUCUUGCAUGUUCCCAAGCCCUAGUUGACGCUCUGUCCCCGGAGCCGGUGAUAACGAUAAUGAUCUUGGCAAAGAAGUCCUUCAGUCACUAGACCGCGAAUCCUCAAUUACCAAAGUAUAGAAAACAAUCAUUCUGGCACUACACUGAAGUCAGCCUCAACUGCUCUUUUAAUAAAAUCCGUUUAGGUAAACAAAUUAUUAUUUCGAUGCUCAAGGAGCGAUGAACGGUCAUUUCAAGCUAUUAAGGGUUUUGGGGGUUUUUUAAAGCAUUUAGUUUUUUAAGGGUUAGAAAGUUUUGUCGUAGCUUUCUCUGAUAAGUUUAAAUCUUACACUUUCACCGUUUCUAGAGAGAGUUGUCCCACUUACCGUUCAAACGUGACAGAAUGUGGCUAAAGACGCACUUUAUAUUACAUAGCUUUAGUUGGAAAUCCCUUGUCAUUUAGCAGAUACCGUUUUGUGCUUUAUCUGUUUUGUCCUGCAUGUGCGGCGGUCAGGGGGAGCCCUUUCUCCUAAGGCUUGGCCCGCCUUCUGGGUUUCCCUACAGGAAGAGGCAUCCUCUGGAUAUUGGUGCUCCUGGGUUUAACUGGGGACAGACUUCCCGAGGAGUCCGCCUCAGGGCCUGGAGCACGUAGCAUCCAGUCAACUUUUUUUUUUUAACUGACUGAACCUAUAGGGCAGGCCACCAUGCAGACUGUGGGAGCCCCUUUGCUUGGGCGGUGAGCCAGCUCCAAGCUUCCUGGGCACCCGGUGCCCAUCCUGUUUUGGGCCUGCUCCGAAGGCAGUGCUGGGGGAGGUGCCGCUCCUUUCCCCUCCGCUUCGCUCGCCCCGUCCCGCACAGACCUGCUGGGCUGAAGGUGAAGGCGGCCGGCCACACUCAGCGCCGGUGGUGACAACUGGCUCGUCCUGUGACGAUAAGACUCGGCUUUCGGCAUCUCCAGAACUCAGCCGUGCACCUUCUCCCUUCUCGAGGGGACGGGACCGGGCUUCCACAGAAACUCUGCUGCCUCUAGAAAGCCAUAAAACCAAACCCAGGCCGGAAAGGGCUCUUUUAUUACCCCCGCCCUAGUCGUGGAAUCACAUCCACCCGUCCUUUUUAGUGGGUAAGAGUGACUCUAGUCUUUCCCCAAGAAAUGUGGAUUAAACAGCUUUUAGCAGCAACGUGUUAUUAAAUUAUAUGCUACUUCAGAGUUUACCGUAUGUGGUUUCUGAAGAAAUUUGGUACACUUGAAAUAUCUGCACCUUUUCAAGGCCUGUAUUAUGGGAUGUGAUAAAGAUAUCUUGCACUCAUCACUUUGGGCACCAGGGAGCUUAGGCUAAGAGACCUGUGCUGUCUGGAGAUGCGCUGGCACCCUUUACUCAAACGAGACCACUGUUGAGAACCAACAGAUGAAAUUUACUGAAAAGCAUCUCUAACUUGCUAAAAAAAAUAAAAGGGGGGGGGGGUAACUUUUUAUUCAGGAAAAUGAGACUCCCCCCCCCCAACCAUGAAAAUAAGAUUACGGUGCGGUUUAGGUAACGGAGGAAGUAUUUGCCGAUCGAGUACAGGACUUGGCUUCUCUUGGUAAAAGCCUCGAUCCAAGGCUUGACAUAAGUAGGGAUGGGAAAGAGCAGGGUUGAGCAGACACAUCCUCUCUGGGCUGGGUUCUUCCUGGAAGCUCCUUCUCUUCCAUCAGCUCCUCCCUGGCUCUGAGCCAGGUGCGAGCCACAGAGCAGAUGUGACCACAGCUCUCAAACUGCAUCUGGGGAAGCUGCUGUGGUCAGAAGUACAGUUGCUCUUGCCUGUCCAGGCUCCCCCUUCUUAUCCCACCCUCCCAACUCUCCCCUCUCCCCCUCUCUCUCGAGGGGCAAGCUGUUAUUUGGGGGACCUGGGAAAUACUCUGUUAAUGCAUACUGAAGAGCUGCCCAAUUCGGUCCUUUUGUCUUCCACCCAACACCUUCUCUCACCAAUCUCACAGCCACGGUUCAAUCCAGGAGUCUACUGUUCUGAGAGCCGUUUCUCAGAAACCAAGGCCCGAUUCCUCAACUUAAUCAUAGGAAAGUGAGCUAUGCACCCUUAGCCAAGCAGACCGCUGGGACCUAACAAUCGCGUGAAUUGACUACUCUGAGCUUAAGACAUCACAAAGAUUAAAGUCGGGGGCUUCUGUAGACUAGUCGUCACCCUCUGCUAUCUCGCUCCUUUCUUGAUCGGUUGAAUCGGCUUCAUUCCGCGUUCUCCGUGGCAUUGCUCGGUGUCUGCCCGAUGCAUCACUAGCUUUUGUUUUUGUUUGUUUUUUGUUUUCCCUGAACCACGGAUGCCUUGAUUUCUACAAUGGGUCAGUUGCAAUAAAUCGGUGAGCCUCUUCAGCCCGUCUAGGGCUCCUGUCCCUAUUCCGACGCGGUCCUCGUUUUCACAGUGGAGUAAAACAUGGUAACUGAAGGGGCAGAAAUGGAGGUAACCGGGGACAGAGGCGAUCUUAGAAAUGCUCUGCUCCUAAAGCUCAGAGGUGGCAGAGGUUCCCUUUCUAGAACCGAGCUACCCUAAAAAGCAGACAAGCAGGGGCUGCGCACGACGAAGUAGCGAGUUGGCCCGGUUCUGUUGUGUGCGCCCUGCCGGGCGGAGGGGAGGCGGCGGUGAGAGUCAAGAAUGCUCCUCUGCCUUGCCCUUGACAGUUCUCCCCGUGGCAGGAAGAGAACUUGAGAACCACAGGAGCUACUGUGCGAAGCCCAAGAAGCCCCAUUUCAGCAGGUGGCCGAAACAUAGCGCAGACACCUUCGUGGGGGGCGAGGGAGACGCACGGCAUUUGGAACGUUGUGGCUCGAGAGAACUGUCUUCUACAGAAGCGACACCUAAUGGACUCCUUAUUAACAUGCUGUCCCUUCCCCUCUCCCCCCUCUCUUCCCUUCUCCCCAGCCUGUACUUGUGGAGGAGGUUAAGCUACCCCAUUGUAAUAUGCUCAUCUCACCUUUGCGGGCUGUAGCACACCUAGUAAACACAUCACCAGUUAUCGUCUCUUUUCUAACGCUAAAUGUAAUCCUGAAUGUUUCCUCCGAUGCACAUUGUAUUUCUAUCGUCUAAGUAAAUUUUAAGAAGGAAAAA